AAAAAAUAAGUUAUAUAAGCCCGCUCUCUUUAUCGAGGGAACCAACGCUCCAGUUCCAUUAUGUCAUCCCAGGGAGUGACGGCAGAAGAAAUAGACGUCGAUUUUCUGCCCAUAAUUUACCAGUAUCUCCGUUGCUUGGAGAAGGAACAGACUGACGUUGCUCGGGUGUCUCAGGAGUCAAGCCAGAAGGUCCUUGAACUGCAGCGUAAGAUCCAGACAGCUCGUGAGCAGGUGAGAAAGCUGCCUGGUGUGGAAUACAGUGGAGAGGAACAGCUCCGCCGCCUUGAAGCUCUCCGGAAGCAGCUAGCACUGAAGAAGCGACUCCUUUUGAAAUACAAAACCAAGAGUGAAGCCCCCCACUAGUAACUGAAUUAAGCUGAACUUGCUAUGGUCUUACGGUAUCUCCUAAGCCGGAUCCUCAACAACCCCCAAGUUAUUGAGAAACUUUCCGAGUCCUAUCCCAUCCGCCGCGCAGCCCAAAUCACUGCUUAUGCCCUGCAACGUGGAAAGGUUGC